AUUUCUCCAGAGAUGAUAGUUCCAGUCCUCUGGUUCUUAUCCCAGGCACGUGCCGCGCCGUCUCUCACGGCCCAGCAGCUGGACACGGGGGUGGAUUGGCUGAGCAAGUUUGGGUACCUCCCUCCGCCGGACCCUGUGACUGGACAACUACAGACCAAGGAGGCUCUGACCAACGCCAUCAAAGCCAUGCAGAAGUACGGAGGACUGGAGGAGACGGGAGUGCUAGACCAGGCCACCUUGUUGCUGAUGCAGACCCCUCGCUGCUCUCUGCCUGACCUGUCUGAGGGGGCCUCUCCGGGGCGGCGGAGGAGGGCGCUGAACCCCCAGGGCAAAUGGAGCAAGAGACACCUGUCCUGGAGGGUGAGGACCUUCCCGAAGGAGUCGGCCCUGCUGGGACGGGACACCGUGCGGGCGCUGAUGUACUACGCGCUGAAGGUUUGGAGCGACAUCGCCCCCCUCAACUUCCAUGAGGUGGCAGGGAACGAGGCCGACAUCCAGAUCGACUUCACCAAGGCGGACCACAAUGAUGGCUACCCCUUCGAUGGGCCGGGGGGCACGGUGGCACACGCCUUCUUCCCCGGGGAGCGCUUCUCUGCGGGCGACACACACUUCGACGACGACGAGGCCUGGACCUUCCGGUCUCCGGAAGCCCACGGUAUGGACCUGUUUGCGGUGGCGGUGCACGAGUUCGGUCACGCCAUCGGCCUGGCACACACCUCCGCCCUGGAGUCCAUCAUGCGACCCUACUACCAGGGCCCCGUGGGGGACCCUCUGAAGUACGACCUCCCUUACGAGGACAAGGUCCGCGUCUGGCAGCUCUACGGGGUGCGUGAUUCGGUGUCCCACACCCUCAGCCCUGACGACAGCUCCCAGACCGCCGAGCCUCCCGUCCUGCUGGACCUCCCGGCGAACAGAUCCACAGUCCCGCCAGCACGGGAUGUACCUGACAGAUGCAACAGUCACUUUGAUGCCGUGGCGCAGAUUCGUGGUGAGGCCUUCUUUUUCAAAGGGAAGUACUUCUGGCGUCUGACGCGUGAGAAGCACCUGGUGUCGUUGCGUCCUGCGCAGAUACAGCGCUUCUGGAGGGGCCUGCCUGCCAGCCUGGACAGUGUGGACGCUGUGUACGAGAGACCCGGAGACCACAAGAUCGUCUUCUUCAAAGGACAAAAGUAUUGGGUGUUCAAGGACAACAACGUGGAGGAGGGCUACCCCCGACCGAUCAGCGACUUCGGGCUGCCCAUGGAGGGCGUGGACGGGGCCUUCAUCUGGCUGCACAACGACAAGACCUACUUCUUCAGGGGCAGCCGCUACUGGCGCUACGACGACCACUUGCGGCGGAUGGACCAGGGGUACCCCAAAGACAGCACGCUGUGGAAGGGGGUGCCCACCCAUCUGGACGAUGCCAUGCGCUGGUCAGACAGUGCCACCUACUUCUUCAAGGGGAAGGAGUACUGGCGGGUGGAGGGGAGCGACAUGGAGGUGGGGGUGGGGUACCCCCAGCCCAUCGGGCGGGACUGGCUGGUCUGCGCGGAGAUGCAGUCCGACUCCCCGGCGACGGAGGCCAAUGGCACGGACACGAGGAGGAGGGGCCUCCACCACGCCGACCACGCCGAGAGCGGCUACGAGGUGUGCUCCUGCACCUCGGACUCUGCCGCGCCCCUCUCGCCCCGCCUCGCCCUCGCCCCCCUGUGGCGCCUCGCGCCCCUCUGGACGCUCUUGCUCACCCUGUCCGCGCCCCUCUGA